AUUGCUGCAGAGGGCUGCUCUCCAUUUCUUCUUGAGGAUUGAGAAGCUGCUUCUCCUCCAGGAAAUUCGCUGGGGACAGGAGCCCCUGGCCAGCACCGAGGGCUGCACGGGGUGUUUGGUGAGGAGCCCUCAGCUCCAGUGCACAGGGGGGGCACUGGCCGUGGGGCCUCACGCCUGGGCUGCAAUAGGAUGGGACAGAAUGAGGUGGGGCUGGCAGUGUGAACAUUAACCAACCCACAGCCUCCCCCUGGAGCCCCAUCACAGGCCUCAGUGGCACAGAGGGCACCAUGGCCACGGCGAAUGACAGGGCUGUCCUGCAGACCAUCUUUAACCCCAGCACCCCUUUUGGGGACAUCCCAGGGUUGGAUGAGGAGGAGGAGGACAUCGAGUUGGAAGUGGAAGCUUUUCCAUUGGAGUUGCUGGAGCAGGUCCGGGACCUGGAGCUGCAGGGAGUUUCUGCGGCUGAGUCGGGAGAUGUGAGCACGGCCCUGAAGCGGUUCAGCGAGGCCAUUCGCCUGCUGCCUGAGCGCGCCUCGGGCUACAACAACCGGGCCCAGGCCCUGCGCCUGCGGGGGGACGUGGCAGGUGCCCUGCAGGACCUGGACACCGCCAUCCGCCUGAGCCGUGGGCGCGGCCGAGCCGCCUGCCAGAGCUUCGUGCAGCGUGGCCUCAUCCACCGGCUGCAGGCGCGGGACGAAGACGCUCGGCGGGAUUUCGAGUGCGCGGCGCGCCUGGGCAGCGCCUUUGCCCGGCGGCAGCUGGUGCUGCUGAACCCCUACUCGGCGCUCUGCAACCAGAUGCUCUGUGAGAUGCUGGGGCGGCUGCGCAACCCCAAUGGCACUGGGAGCGAGUGAGUGGGCGGGGUAGAGCCAUGCUCCGAGGUGGCCUAUAGGCAGGCACGUGUGUCAGAGAUCCUGUUCCUCCUCCUGCCUGGUAGCCGGGGACGGGAAGUACCGAAGUGCCUUGCUGUUUGUGUCCUGCUCUGCUCCACUCCCAAUAAACCUCCUCCUGUCCCUGGCA